UCUAACAUGUCCUUUCCGCGCCUUUGGCGUUUUUCAAUUUCCCAAUUAUUUCCAUUUGCAAUGUGAUCUCGACAUCAUCACCGCUGUAAUCCAAGGCGGUAAGAUACCUAUCUACGACUGCGAAGCCUUGCGAUUUCAGGUAUCAAUUUUCUUAUCACCAAGGAUAUCCAAUGCAGCCCAUUUUCGAUCUAUCGUAAAUUCGAAAAGCCAAUAUCACCGGCUGUUGAAUUGACUUCUUGCGACGUGGCGGAUGCAGAGGCAGCAUAAGCAAGAAAUUCACCAUGCGUUCGCACCCGUACACACCGCCACCUCCGCUGCCACCAUUGCUCGCCGAACUAGCCACAUUACUUCCCAAUCGUGAUCGCAGAAGCGCCGAGGGCGAUAAGACGAUAUCAUUAUUAGAUCUAGAUCCUGAGACGAGUCGGUUGUUGCCGGUAAAAGAGCGACCGCAACAUUGUGUAAGAGUGCAGGGCCGAUUGACGCCAGUGCGUAGUGUGUCCACUACCAACCUACGGGCGACAAGCCAGACGCGUUUCGAUACUGCAGUGAGCGGUACUCCGGCUCGACCCCAGAGGCAACGGAGCUCAGAUAACCUUAAUCACGAGAUGAGAGGUGAGAUUAGGGAGAGGGACGCGCAACUGAGAAGUUAUGGCAUUGGCGGACGGGGCAAUAUCCGUCGGCCAACAGAGGUCAUAGGGACUCAAUCCGAGUCCUCCUUAUCCGCGCUCUCGCUCUUUUCAUGUACCAGCUCGACGACGCACCGCCCAUCCUCAGGGCCGAGUGUGGAUAAGAAAUUUAGUUUCUCCAGGUUAUUAAAUCGAAUAGAAGAGCGCAGGGGAAAGGAGCAUUUAAAUAUCAACAACGAUACAGCUCAUAAGAGAAGCUUGACCCGAGCCUAAGGAUACAUCGCGAAAGUUUAACACGAGUUCACUAUAUAUAAUUCAUAGUCUUGAUCUGAGAGGCAGAUCUAGCCUAAUUAGAAUACAUAGUAUAAUUGAAGACGCAUCGCAUUGUUUUAACGGCUAUCUUGGUAUUCGUGAGCUUAUACUAGAAUUUCCUAGGCUACCUAU